UCUAAUACAGCGUUACCGCUGCGGCGCCCAUACUCGAUCUCUGUGCUUGAAAAUUAUCAAGUCAGUUAAGCUGGAUUGCAAGCGGAUCGGAGUUUCCAGGCUUUGGAUCUUCGCUAUGGACUUCGAGUGUGGAGACUGGGAUGUCACAGGGGAGGCAACACAGUUGGUCAAUAACCUGUUUGGUACUUCCAAGAAGAAAAAGACGAAGAAAAGGAAGGUUGCUGUUGAGGCCAAGGAAACAAAUCAUCAUGAAGAAUUGGUAGAACCAUCAAAUUUACAAAAUAUGAUUGCUUCAAAGGCUAAGCUGGAAGACAGAGCUGGCUCAGAAAAUAGCUCAAAGAAGUCAAAGAAGAAAAAGAAAAAGAAACAUGUUGAAGAAUCUUCAGAUUUAAGUGUUGACAAGAAUUCUGUAAUUGUAAAAAAACAUUCAAAUAAUGCAAUAAAAAGUAAUCAUAUGAAUAAAACAAAUGAAAGCCAACAGUAUCAAACUAAUUCUCCCAGUAAUAGUGUUCAACUCAGUUAUCAGGAUGAAAAAGUUAAUCCUAAUAAUACAAGUGCAAAGAAAAGAAAAAUGGACGAUGGAUGUGCUGUGAGUAAUGACAAGAAGUCUAAAACUAUACAAUCAAAUACUGAUAAAACCAGUGCAAAUACUGGUAAGAAAAAGAAAAGGAAGUGUAAGAAAAACAAAUUUAAAGAUUAUUCCAAAGAAGAGGAUCUAAAGGGCCAAAAAAUCACCCCUGAUCUCGUAUCUUCCAACACUAAUGAAAAUGAGCCAAGCGUAGUCAAAGAAAAGGAAGUAGCAUUGAGCAGUGACAUUGGUAACGGUACAAUGUCGAAACAGAGUAAACAAAAGUCUAAAGAUGAAGUCAGUGGGAUCAAACCAAAACAUUUAGCAAAUGAGACAGCAAAAAGUAAAUUUGAUGCAGCCAAACUUGGAGCUUUGUUAGCUUCAAGUAAAUGUGAACUGAAAACAGAUGUUAAGAAAGACAAAGAUAAACAAUCUAUCAAUAAUGCCAACGAACAAGUGUUGGAUGCAGAACCCAUCAUUGACAAGUCAAGUAGUAAAUCAUUGCUUGAGAAAAGUAGGGACCGGCUCAAUGCAGCAAGGUUUCGCUAUUUGAAUGAACAGCUGUAUUCAAGCACCGGUCACGAUGCAUACAAUCUGUUCAAGCAGGAUAAAGAUGCUUUCCAUGUCUACCACGCUGGCUUCCAGAACCAGGUUGAGAAAUGGCCUACAAAUCCUGUAGAUAUCAUCAUUGGAAUAAUUAAAGCAAAGCCUAAACAUCUGGUAGUUGCAGACUUUGGAUGUGGAGAUGCCAAGAUAGCACAGAAUGUUGCAAAUAAAGUGCACUCGUUUGACCUUGUUGCCCUUAACAAUCAUGUGACAGUCUGUGACAUAGCCAAGAUUCCAUUAGGCCCAGCCAGUGUUGACAUUGGCGUAUUUUGUCUGUCUUUGAUGGGAACCAAUCUUUCUACUUACCUUGGGGAAGCAAACAGGGUGCUCAAAACAGGAGGCACAAUGUACAUUGCCGAGGUAACCAGCCGGUUUGCAAACAUCGGCCAGUUUGUGCUGCAGGUAGAGAAGAUGGGCUUUAAAUGUUUGUCACAGGAUUCAGGAAAUAAAAUGUUCGUGUUGAUGACCUUCAGAAAAACUGGUGACUUCAAGGUCAAGGACAGUGGAAGCAUUCAACUGAAGCCAUGCGUGUAUAAGAAGAGAUGAUUGUAAAUAUUUGUGACUCACAUUUUAGGACCUGGUUUGGGAUGGGCUUUUUUUUUGCUGAUAAAGGAAUUUUUAUUUUGUUAAUGAUAUUUUGGCUUAAGGAAAUAAAAAAUAUAUCAUGUAUUGAGCUGUUGCCUCUGAAUUGAAUUUAAGGACCCAUGAUAGUAAAAACUUUUCGAUCUUGCCAAAUGAAAAAGCAGAUAAUUUCAAAACCACUUUCCCAAGAAUUCUGUAAAUUUUCAACUGUUUCUAAUGAGUAUUUUUUUAAUGUUUGAUGCUUUAGUUUACAUGUGUAAUGGCUAUCUUGGCUGCAGAGAUCCGUUUCAUCAGGUGCUGAAAUUCAACAUUUGAUGGCACUGUUCAACAUUUCGUUGUCAUGAAUAAAACCAAUAAUAUGUAGGUGCAAAUUUUGUUUUCAAUUUUGCUUUUUUAAUAUGUGAAUAUUAUCCAUGAAAAGUUAUGCACAAUUGAUUGUACAUUGAUGUGUAUGAUCUUAAUACAAAAAUAACAUCAUAAUAAGGUUCUUACUGCAAUAAAGUCAUAUAAAUAGA